AUGGGAAAUCGACCAAAAAAUUAUGGCAGUAGUGACUGAUAAUGCAAAAAAUGUGUUGAAUGCUGUUAAUUUACUGAAUAAUAUUACCGAAAAGGAUGAUUUAACAUGUGCCGCACAUACAUUACAACUUGCUGUCAAUAAUGGCCUAAAAUAUGAUAAAAUAGAUAGCUUAAUUCAAUUAUGUAAUAAAAUUGUUUGUCAUUUUAAGAAUUCGAAUUUAGCUAGUCAGUAUUUAAAAGAUAAGCAAGACCAACUAGGUUUGCCAACAGAAAGCUUAAUUCAAAGUUGUAAAACCAGAUGGAACUCUAUAUAUAUGAUGCUUGAUCGACUUUAUAAAAAUAGGUGCCCAAUUUCAAAUGUUCUUGCUGAUCGUUCGUUGACUACAGCAGCAAUAGCACACAAAUUUGAAGUGACAGAGCACCAAUGGACAGAUAUAGAAACGUUAAUUAAAUUGCUUAAACCUCUACAAAUUAUAACCACGGUUUUUUGUGGCGAAAAAUAUUGCUCUAUUUCAAUGGUUAGGCCUCUUAUAAACGCAGUUAUAGAAAAGCAUUUAAAGCAUAAUGUAAGUGAUGAUGAAAUAACUGAACAUUUUAAAACUACUGUAAUUAGGGAACUAUCAGAUCGUUUUAAAUUAUUGUGGCGUCCUUCUAGUGUCGUGUCUGUUAGGCAAAUAGCGUCUUUCCUCGACCCAAGAUUCAAAGACUUAGAGCAUGAAGCGGUUGACGCAAGAGAAGAAAUUCGGACACGGGUUAAACAUUUGAUAAAAGAAAUAGCUGAAAUUAAUUGCGAUGUGCAAAUUGAAACACCUGUCACUAAACAUCACGGUGCUCUUGAAUUUCUGUUCGGUGAUGAAGUAAAUUGUAAUAUAGCUGAUACUGACAUUCAGUAUCAACAUUACUUGGCAGAACCACAAUUAAAAUUUGAUUUUGAUGCACUAGAAUGGUGGAAGACGCGUGCAUCAAAAUAUCCACUAAUUGUUGCUCUGGCAACGAAAUAUUUAGGGAUACCAGCAACGUCAGUUAGUUCUGAAAGAUGUUUCUCAGCCGCUGGAAACAUAGUGACGGCCAAGAGAAGUUGUUUGGCGCCCGAGACCGUAAACAUGCUGAUUUUUCUUUACCAGAACAAACAAUUAUUAUAACUUCAUAGAUUGUAAGUGAUUGCUUUGUUAUAUUGUAUUUGUUAACUUUUGUAUAAGUAUAUGGGUUAUCAUCUAC